AGGGGAGGAGGGGAGGGGAGGGGAGGGGAGAGCCCCAAAACCCCAGUCAGUCAGUCCGUCCGUCCCCAAUCCCCAAUCCCCAAUCCCCAAUCCCCAAUCUCUCUCUCGCUCUCCCAAACCAAACCCUAGCCUAGCCUAGCCUAGGUUGCAACAAUGGCGCCGUGAAUCGAAUCGAAUCGAAUCGUGCCGGACGGACGGAGGGAGGAAGAAGAAGCGAAGAAGAGAGGGAGAGAUGGUGGGGCGCAACGAGGAGAAGGCGCGGCAGGCGCUGGCCGCCAUGAAGAAGCUGGGGUUCGGCCGGAAGCAGGCCACCCCCGUGCUCAAGCGCCUCUUCAGGCUCUUCGACAGGCAGUGGGAGCCCAUCGAGGAGGACUCGUACCGCGCUCUCGCCGAAGCCAUCCUCGACGACCAACUCCUUCAACUUCAUCCCCAAUCCCAAUCCCAACCACAGCCCAACGGCGGCGGCAAUGAGGCGCCGGGGCAGGAGGAGGAGGAGCUGGAUACCGAGGAGCCGGAAAUCUCCACCCCCGACCGCCCUUCCACAACCCCUCCUUUCAGAGCCACACCACAGCAAAGCUCCACCUCUUUCAGAGCCCCUGCUCCUCCAUCCGGAUCCACCUCUUUCAGAGCCACAUCCACAGCCACAGCAGGAGGCAUAGUGGAAAGGGGGGUUCUCAACAAUGCCGCACACGCCACACCCUCAGCAACCGCACUGCUCACCAAGCACAAGCACAAGCUCAUGAUGGAUGCAGAGUUUCAGCAGCCUGCCUUCUUGUUUCUCAAACACCCCAAGCCCGAACCCCCUGAACCUCAACCUCAACCCGUCGACAUGGACGCGUCCGGCUGUCGGGACGUGCAGCCUGGCUUGAUUCUCCGCUCCCGCAACCGCAACCGAAACCGAAACCGCAACCUUGCUUCCUCCUCGUCCGAGUUCAAUGCGUUGCCUCCGCCUGACCGAAAUCCUCACCACAUUUCAGGUAGUGAUAAAAACAGGGCAAUUCAACAUCACAGCAGAAAUACAGAGAUGCCUGCUGUAUCUGUGGAGCCAACAAGCAGCAGCACACUCAUCAAUGGAACAGGGUCUCAAGUGCAGGAGAUUGAUGUGGCGUCAUCCCCUGGGGGCGAGGUUAAGCUGUCUCUCAAGUGCAGCGCAGACCCAUCAAAGCUCAACAUGCCUCAUCUGGAAGCAGUAUACAAGAUGGUUGAGGACAAAUACCUCUCCCCCGACAAGCUUCUUCCUCCCGAUUUCUCCAUUCCUGGCCUCAUGGCCGAGAUAUGCCAGAGCGUUGUGCAGCUGGGCACUCAAACUCAACAUACCAUGACGGAGCAUAUUACACAAUCACAUACUGUUGGUAACGGCAGCACGUCUAAAUGCGUGGAGGGUGGUUCAGCGAGUUCAACUCCUGCCCCGCAACCGCAUUUGGCACUUUCAAGGACUACCCAUGAUGUACAUGACAUAUCCAAGGGACAAGAAAAUGUCAAGAUACCGAUAGCAAAUGAAUCUGGCAGAGGAAAAUGCCCACCAUCGUUUUCUUACAUACCAGGCAACGAGGUAUUCCAAAAUGGUAUUGUGAACAUCUCCCUUGCACAGAUUGGUGCUCAAGACUCUUGUGCUGAUUGCUUUGGCGACUGCUUGUCGGCGCCUGUACCAUGCGCUUGCGCAAGAGUCACCGGGGGUGAAUAUGCAUACACACCGGGCGGUUUGGUAAAGCCAGAAUUCAUUGACAAGUGCGUCUCCAUGAACCGGAUUCCUGAAGUACAUCACAAGGUCUUUUGCAAGACGCCAUAUAAAGAUUUUAUCAACCUACACACCUUUCUUUCCUGA